AUGGACGUAGGCCAACGUCAGCGCAUCAAGUUUGCCCGCCGAACAUAUCUAUUUUUGUUGAUAUUUCUGCUACUAGCCUUGGUGCAGUGGGCCCUGGUUGGUUUGGUAGAAAGUGCUCGUGAGACACUCCGUAACAGUAAAAUAUUUUGCUUUGUUGCCUUCGUCCUGGGCAUUUUACUGUUUCUCGUGUUCUUGCUGGUCGGACAAGUGCGGUACUUCAAAAUUGUCAACUAUAUUGUGGCCUUUGUCAUCGUGGAGCUGCAAACUGUUGCGAUGUUCGUGCUGGUAGCCUACACCUGGCUGCCAGAAAUAAUUGUGUACUUCUUGAUCUGCUUGGGCUGCUUCGCGUUGUUCCUGGUCGUUGGAUGCAACCUGCCAUUCUCUAUGGAUCUGACCGAGCGCGUGUCCCACCUUUUCAUAGUGACCUUCAUUUUACUGCUCGUCUCUGUGUAUUUCCUAAUAGUGCAUGUCCAUGUAACGAAGUUGCUGCCGUACGCAUUUCUAAUCUUCGAACUGAGCCUCUCGGUGGUUGUGUUCUUGUUUGUUAUGCUCCAGGCCCAGACCAUCAAGGGCGAUCGCUUUGCCCAGAUGAGUGACCGCGACGCUCUCCUGGCCUCAUUGAUAUUGUUUCACGAGUUCCUGACAGUUUACACCUUGACUUUUUUUUGGCAAAUCACCUAUGCCUACUUCACGCCCGAAGACUACUCCCGGGUCACGGAGAGUGCCAAGCAAUACGCUGCUCAUCACUACGGAGACGGAAUAGCUGAAAGCGGCGAUGCCAGUGGCUUAUCUGUGAGUAGCAAAGCCUUUGCACACGUUAAUGAAGCUGACGUGGGCGAUGCUAAGCCCUGGAAUGGUACUGGCACUCCCCGAUAG